AUGGAAGAACGAUGUUCCGUGAACAGCCCUCGAAGAAUACUGAGCUUCUCCAAGAAUCGGAGGGCCAACGUGUCUUUUCCCGAUGACGCCGAUGGCCGCCCGGGAUUCGAAGUCUCCGGCGAGCACGACCCCAAGCCCUCUGAGGGCAACGACUCCCAAGGGGGUCCUUGCAGCUACUUAUCGCCUGAGUUGAGAGGCCAAGACCACUAUCCAGGUUCCGGGGCGGCCAAGGCCACCCAGAGUGUGCACAUGAAUCCUGGUCAAGACCAGUUGUUGUAG